AUGGAUCACACCCGCGACCCGUGUCCCUAUGUCAUCCUCAGUGAUUUCGGCGGUGCCUUCAGUAUGGGUGCCAUCGGUGGUGCAGUCUGGCAUGGUGUGAAGGGAUUCAGAAAUAGCCCAUACGGUGAACGAAGAAUAGGAGCCAUCACAGCCAUUAAAGCUCGUGCUCCAGUCCUCGGCGGUAACUUUGGUGUUUGGGGUGGUCUCUUUUCGACAUUCGACUGCACAGUCAAGGGAAUAAGAAAGAAGGAAGAUCCUUACAAUGCCAUUAUCGCUGGAUUCUUCACUGGUGGUGCACUCGCUAUCCGUGGUGGUAUGAGAGCUGCACGAAACUCUGCCAUCAUGUGCGCUUGUUUCUUGGCUGUUAUCGAGGGUGUUGGUAUCGGGUUCCAGAGAAUGAUGGCCGAUAACACCAGACUAGAUGCACCUCCACCACCACCCAGUGGUUCAUCAAAUACAAUGACUGCGUAG